AUGGAAUUCAAAUGCAAAUCACUGACAUAUGUUUCCAAAGAAAGAGAAGACUUUGCCCAAUUAUGGUGUGAAGUUGUUUUAGUAGAUAACAUAGAUGAAAGAAGAACGAUGAUGAAAAUAAAAAAUUCAGAGUUCAUGGAAUUGAAAGAGUCCAAUGACUUUUUUCUGAAAGAGGACGACCGUAUACGUGUUAACGUUACUGGAUUAUUUAACAAUAGUAAACAAAAACUGUAUAAUAUCAUUAGAUUCAAUGUUUCAACAGACAAUCAUAUCAUUUUACCCUUGGAAAAAACGGGCAGGGAGAUAAACUCCAAAAUUUCGUAUGAAAAAUGCAUUGGAAAAGAUAAAUACUUGUGGCAGAUGUCCGUAAAUAUCGAGAUAAUAAAAACAGCAGCCGUGAAAUCUCUUCAAAGACAACGCACAAGGGAAGGUUUUGCCCUAGAGGAAUUCAAGAGUUUUCUUCAUCACUAUGAGCUCGGAAACUUAAUUGAGACGUUUAUAAAAAAUGAUAUCACCGGCUUGAAAGUGUUUCUAGGAUUAAGCGAAGAAGAUCUAAAAGAGCUAUCUCUAUCUUUGGGACAUCGCAGAUCGUGUUUGGCCGCCAUUAAAGAUUAUAGAGAAAGACAUGGAAAAUAAUUUUUUUAAAAAUGAAUAAAGGAAGGGAUUUUAAGCAUUAUGUUGCACAUGAAUGAUAAGAAUAUUUUUUUCUGUAAGACUAAUUAUACCAGGCAAACUGGAUCCAAGAAGCUAUUUCGUCAGAUGCUCAAAUACAUUAACUGAUCUUUGUGGCAUGUUUUGUUUUUCAUUUUCUUUCUAUAUCAUCUGCUUGAACCAUCAUUUAAAAAGGUUGUGAGUUAUAUUAUUUCUAAGGAUCAUAUCUAUUCGAUAUUUUAGGGAUUGUAAUUUUUUGACGUUCAAAAUUCUCGGUUCUUUGCUAUUCAAUUAUUGUACAGAUAAAAAUGCAGCUUAGCGCACUGUUCCUGCUCUGCUAGACUGUUUACGUAGGUCGAGAGUUUAACAAAGUGUAGGGUUGGGAGUGAGUAUCAUUAAUAACAUGAAGUGUUCUUUUACUGUUUUAUAACACCGAUGAAACCGAGAGGGCUAUAGGUUUCCUUUACAUCUUUCCGUACAUCUGUCUUUCUGUCCUACUAGCUGUCUUCUGUGUGAUUCAUUUUUUUAGAUAAAGGAUUUU